ACCUGCCCUCAGACCGCCUUGCCCUCCGCAGGGGCUUCGGCGUCUGCUGCUCCUGGGACAAUGUCCCAGACGGUGGCUGCCGCAUGCAGCUCACGCUUCAGGGUAAUCAAGCUGGACCAUGGUACAGGAGAGCCCUACAGGCGAGGACGAUGGACGUGUAUGGAGUAUUAUGACCGGGACUCAGAUGGUGGUGGUGUCCUGGGCAGGACUGGAGACUGCAUUAGGCACAGCAGUACCUUUGAGCAGGCUGCUCAAGAGAGAGACAGUGGCCUUGGUGCCACGGGAGGUUCUGUCGUGGUCUCAGCUGUGCCAGCAUCGGCACAUGGCCCUGAUUCUAUAGCUGACAGUUCCCUUACUGCUGUGUCACAGCUGCUCCAGACAGAGAAAAUGAACCAGCCCUCUCUACAGCAACCUACUUUUGUCAUUGGGCAACAACAACAGCCACAACAACCCAUAGGUGGGGCCAUGCCCCAAAGUACUGCUCAGCCUGUGUUUUCUGGGACUUCAGUAGCAAAUCAGCAAAUGAUGGUGUCGCAGCCACAGGUAAAUGCGCAGGGUGUUGUACAGGCUGGACCCAAUGGGAAAGGCAUGGCACCUCCAAAUGUAACAAUGGGCCAGCCGAGCGUUCCUGUGGCCCAGCAGCAGGUGCAGCAAGCAAACGUACCAGUGACUCAGCCUCAACCAUUUGCUUAUUCUCAGUCCCAAAUUCCACCAGUGCAUCUACUGCCGACGCAACCUUCUGGUCAGACUGAAUACAUGCAGCAGAUGACAAUUAUGCAGUCUCAAGGAACUAUUCAACAAGCUACUACAGGCUCUGUUCCAAGUACUGUGGCUUCCAGCCUUCCUGUGGGACAGGUGACUGGCCAGAAUCCCUCACCUGUGGGAGCACCGAUGAUGGGGGUGUCAGCACCAGCCGGUGAAGUAGUGGGACAGGGAUCAGGAGUAAUGCAGAGCGGCCAGACGCAGUCUAGCCAGGCUGCCGUUCCGCAGCCCGGAGGUGUGGUGCAGCAAGGCAUUGGACAUGCAGGGGUUGUGCAACAGAAAUCUGUGACUCAGCAUCAAAUAGGUGGCAGCAGUCAAGUAUCUGGGAUGCCCAGUGCUCCCCAUGCCAUGGUUUCUGGAGUUCAGAAUGUGCCUGCAGUUGUGCCCGGUACAAGCGUGCCUAGUGUGCCCACCACUUCUGUUACUAUGCCAAACGUCCCUGUUACUCUAGUCCAGUCACAACUGACUAGCCACACUUCUGUCAGUAGAAGUUCCAGUGUUGUCCAACAGCAGCAUGUCGGACACUCCUUAAUACAAGGCACACCUAAUGUACCUACGAAUCUGCCACAAUCGAACCUUGGACAAUUUCAGACUCAAGCUCAAUCCUUAGUGGGCCAGAUCGAUGAUACUAGAAGAAAAUCGGAACCCCUACCUCAGCCGCCACUUUCUGUUAUAGCUGAAAGUAAACCUCUUGUGAAGCCUCCUGUUCCAGACACUCUAACAAAUCCUCUUCAGUUACCUGCAAGUACUCCUAUGAACAGUCUUGCCAGCUCUGUAUUUGGCAUAUCUAUUCCUGUUGAUGGUGAUGAAGACAGGAAUCCGUCAACCGCAUUCUACCAAGCGUUCCAAUUCAACAAGUUACGUGAGUCAAAGACCUUCUGGGAUAGUGCGUCUGGUGCAAGUGUUGUUGCCAUUGACAACAAAAUAGAACAGGCAAUGGAUCUAGUCAAAAGCCAUUUGAUGUAUGCAGUAAGAGAAGAAGUGGAAGUCCUGAAGGAACAAAUAAAAGAAUUAGUUGAAAGAAACUCUUUACUUGAACGAGAAAAUGCACUGUUAAAAUCUCUUUCAAACAGUGAUCAGUUAUCCCAACUUUCAACCCAACAGGCCAAUCCUAGUAGCACUUCACAAGCGCAAGCAGUGAUAGCACAGCCUCCGCAGCCAACGCAACCUCCACAGCAGCCGAAUGUCUCCUCAGCGUAAAGCUUUCUUGCCUCACUUAAAACAAAACAAAAACAAACAAACCCUGAGAGCAGUCUGUCCUUGUGUGCCACUGGUGUUCUUUCCACUUAUAUGAAAGCAAGUAGCCAUGCUUCUGUUGUGUGUUUGGCCUUUUCAGUAUUAGACAAUCAUCCUACAAGAGCUUUCCCUCACUGACGUGUCACGCGGUGCAGUCGGUGUCCUUUGUCAUCAGUGCACGAGGGAAAUGGUAGCCGGAGUGAUUAAUGCCAAGAUUGCGUUUGCUUGGUGCGCAGGAGUGAGGUCCCUAAGAGCUUUGGUGGCUCUCCAAGGUUUCCAUUACCCAUGGAUUACUUGGAGCCUUGCUAUCUCCUAAGAAGUAACAAUUCAUCUAAAGAGCCACUGUUCUUUCGAUAUAAGAAACAUUUGCCUACAUUAGUUUCAUUUAUUUGUUUUAUUUAUUACAGGGCUGCUAUUUUCAUAAUGUACAUGAACAAUGUCACAGAACUUUUUUAAUUUUUUAAAUAAAUGUAUGUAUCAGUAAAAUGGUAGACGGGAUUGCGUUUAAUAGAUAAAAUGUUUAGGCAAUAAUUGAACAAAAGAAUCCUGGCAUAUUUCUAACACUAAUGGCAAUUUACCUUUGGUAUUUAUUUACGGUAGUAAAGAUCCAGCUUGAAUGUAAAUUUUGUAUAGAGUGUAAGUAUGAAGACCAUAGUGCAUCUGUACAGGUAGUCACCAGUUAUUGUGAUAUAAUAAAUAAUUGAUGGGCUAUUUUGAUGAAGAAAACUUUGCUCAUUUCUGUUUCUACUUUCUAAUAGAGAGAAAUUGCCAUGAUUCCUCUGCUUUUUGACAUUUCGUAUAAUUUUUUUUUGGGUGGGAAUAAAAAGCUGUGAAAUUGUUCAACCUACUUUGUAACCAAAGAAGCAAAGCUGUGUAAUUGAGUUUUUUUUAUAAUGCACAUUCUUUAUGUAUUUUUAUUUAGUAUUUUCUCAUUCACAACUUUCUUUGCUGUCUCGCAUGAUCUGCAUGACCUAUAAUCUUUGAACCACUUUCGUACCUCAUGUUUUUAUCCAGCACUCUUAUUGUAAUAUGUAAUAGUCUGUGAACAAUGUCAAAUAAAAGAAAGAACAGCUGGUGUUGGUGGAGUUGAGCUAGUGUGCUAUGCACUAGUUGUUUAAAAAAAAAAUGAAGUGAGCCAUCUUUUGUUCAUUUAAAAUGGUGUUUUGAAUUUCGUAUGCAGAAAACGUUUUGUUACAUUGCAGAUUUUAAUGUAUUUAAUAAAUGCAACAUGCAGAUUAAGUGCAGUGUAUACUGAGUAUUUAAAUUAAAAUGUACAUUUCAUAAAUACAGUUUCAAGAGAGACCAUCAUUUGUGUAAACUAAUGCAGUGUGUCAAAUUGAUGUAUAAAUACAUAUAUAUAUUUUAACACAUUUUCUGAAAUUAAAUUGCAGUUUUGUUGAA